UAUUGUAAUUUUGUUACUUCAAAAAUCACAUUUUGUUCCACACGUCUGCAAUGUACAGUGUAUGAUCUGAAUCUGAUACAUGUGGGAAAGUACAUUAACUCAACUGUUGCAGUCGCUGUGGAACUCCACAAGGUGGCGCUGCAGCACCACAGCCUGGUCUGGGUAAAGCUCCUCAGCAGAGUCCGCACUGGAAGCUUCUGCUCUCAGGCGAGCGAAGCUGGCCAGGCUGCCCGGGUCCUCACUGACCUGCUCCGGCCUUCAUACAGCACUACUCUGCGGUGGAACAGGUUUCGAGACCGCGGCGCUCAUGUGUAUUUACCCACCGGUGUGUCUGCGGGAAUAAGGUCGGAGGAGGACCGAGCGAUGUCCGCGCCGGGUCCCGCGAACCCGGGCAGCUACAACCAGAACUCAACGCCGAACGGUGGAGCUGCGCCCGCCUACCAGAAUGGUCCAGCGCAGACAAACCCAUCCGUGUAUCCACCUACAGGCUACUACGGAGCUCCACCUCUACAACAGAGCUACCCCACAAUCCCUGCACACUCCAAUCCUGUUCCCAGCAAAGCGCCUCUUACAAACAGUGGCCACAGUGCAAACUACUACCAGAACAACCAUCAGCAGCAGCAGCAGCAGCGUCAUCAUCUCCCUCAGCAUCAUGUAGCAGCCUCAUCAUACAGUGCUUCUCCUUCUCAGCCACCUCCACCAUCAAAUACCCAGUACAAUCAACAGCCAUUCCAGCAGCAGCAGCAGCAGCAUCCACCCUAUACCACUCCAGGAUCCUACUAUGGACAGCAACAGUCCUACCAAGCCCCUCCUCCUCCUCAACAGCAGCAUCCCAGUUUGGUUCCAGCACCAGCUAGCGGCGCAGGAGCUCCUAUAUACCCCAUCGUUUCGUACCCAUCGCCACAAGGAAGUAGCCAAUAUGGCACGCUGAGUUCCAUGCAAAGCACCACCUCCACUCCUGGAAUCAUGCCCGUUCAGAUGGGUGCACCCCUUCAUCAGUACAACACCUCACAGCCAGCACCUACACCACCAGUGCAGCCAGGGUACGGUGUGGUUCUACCCAGUCAGACGGCACCCACAGUCAACGGUCAAGGAAGCACAGCUCAGACAACAGUUCAACAACACUAUGACCAAAGCCACCAGGCGCUGCAGAGCUACGACUCUUACGGCAGAGUCAUUCACAGAAGCAGUGGUGCAGACACAGAGCGAACACCGUCAAGAACCCCCUCCACGUCAGUUCAUUCCUCACCAGGCCACCACAAAGGUAUGCAGUAUGGAUAUGUUGCUAAUAGCGGAGCUAGCUCUGCCUCUGCCGCCACCUCAGGCCCUGCAGCAGCGGUGGCCCCCUCAUCAUCCAGCUCUGAUGAAGAUGAUGAUGAUGAUGAUGAGGAGGAUGAGGAAGCAGGUGGUGAUACGUCCUCUUCCACCACUGGCAGUGCCUCUCCGGUGCCCAACAACUAUGAUUCCCUUGAAGGAGGCAACUAUCCAGAUUCAAUGCCGCCUGUUAAUGAUAUGACCGAUCAGGCUCAGCCCUAUGGUAACUAUGGUUACCCCAGCAUGCAGCCAGCCUAUCUGCAGGGACCGGCCCCCCACACGGACUCUUCUCCCGCUCACGACCUUUACGGACAGACAAGCUACCAGCAGUUAUCUCAGCCUUUCCCGAACAUGUCCCAGCUGUCUGCAGCGCUCGGCGGGCUGAGCGGGGUGCCGGAGUUGGAGGUGGAGGCUCUGAGGCCGGUGAACCUGCUGCAGGAGAGGAACCUGCUGCCCCCCAGACCACUGGAGGCUCCUGAACCCAACCUCAGCGCUGACCUCAAGAAGGUUAACUGCAGUCCACAUACGUUCAGGUGUACGCUGACCAGUAUCCCUCAGACGCAGGCUCUACUAAACAAGGCCAGGCUUCCUCUGGGUCUUCUCCUCCAUCCUUUCAGAGACUUAGAGCAGUUACCAGUGAUCACGUCAAACACAAUAGUGCGCUGUCGCUCGUGUCGCACCUACAUCAAUCCCUUUGUCACCUUCCUGGACCAGCGCAGGUGGAAGUGCAACCUCUGUUACCGCGUCAACGAUGUUCCAGAUGAGUUUAUGUACAACCCGGUCACCAGGUCAUACGGCGAGCCUCACAAAAGACCCGAGGUUCAAAAUGCCACUGUGGAGUUCAUCGCCUCCUCAGACUACAUGUUGAGACCACCUCAGCCGGCAGCUUACCUGUUUGUCCUCGACGUGUCUCACAAUGCAGUGGAAGCAGGCUACCUGAAGUACUUCUGUGAAUCCCUUCUCAAGAAUCUGGACAAGUUGCCCGGGGAUACACGCACCAGAGUGGGCUUCCUCACCUUUGACAGCACCAUCCACUUCUACAACCUGCAGGAGGGUCUGUCACAGCCUCAGAUGCUGGUGGUGUCUGACAUCGAUGAUGUCUUCAUACCGUCUCAUGACAGUCUGAUAGUGAACCUAAAAGAGAGCAAAGAGCUGGUGAAGGACCUGCUGACCUCGCUGCCGGCCAUGUUCAGUCAGACCAGGGAAACCCACAGCGCCCUCGGCCCGGCGUUACAGGCCGCGUUCAAGCUCAUGUCAUCCACCGGGGGGCGUGUCUCAGUUUUCCAGACCCAGCUGCCCACACUGGGCGCUGGUCUGCUGCAGUCAAGAGAAGACCCCAACCAGCGCUCGAGCAGCAAGGGAGUUCAGCAUCUCGGCCCUGCUACAGACUUCUAUAAAAAACUGGCACUGGACUGCUCAGGACAGCAGAUAGGAGUGGAUCUUUUCUUGCUCAGCUCCCAGUACACUGACCUUGCCUCGCUAGCUUGUAUCUCCAAGUAUUCAGCGGGCAGCAUCUUCUACUACCCCUCCUUUCAUUACAUCCACAACCCUGCACAACUGGAGAAGUUCCAAAACGAUCUGGAGCGCUACCUCACCAGGAAGAUCGGCUUUGAGGCCGUUAUGAGAAUACGAUGCACUAAAGGUUUAUCCAUCCACACAUUCCACGGUAACUUCUUUGUGCGCUCCACUGACCUGCUGUCCCUGGCCAAUGUGAACCCAGACUCUGCCUUCGCCGUCCAGAUGUCCAUCGAAGACUCUCUGGCAGACUCGUCUCUGGCCUGUUUCCAGGCCGCGCUGCUCUACACCUCCAGUAAAGGAAAGAGACGUAUCCGAGUUCACACUCUGUGUCUGCCGGUGGUCAACCAGUUGAGUGAUGUGUACGCUGGAGCUGAUGUCCAAGCUGUCACUUGUCUACUCGCCAACAUGGCAAUCGACCGGUCGAUAUCGUCCAGCCUCUCUGACGCUCGAGACGCUCUGGUGAACGCCGUGGUCGAUUUGGCGACUUCCUACAAGAGCAGCGUGUCCAACCUGCAGCAGUCUGGCCUCGUCGUCCCCUCGUCCAUGCGCCUCUUCCCUCUCUACAUCCUCGCUCUGCUCAAACAGAAAGCGCUGCGAACAGGAACCAGCACACGUCUGGACGAGCGCGUCUUUGCCAUGUGUGAGUUCAAGACGCAGCCGCUGCAGCAGCUGAUGCGGAUGGUUCAUCCUGAUCUGUACAGACUGGACAACAUGUCUGACCAGGGGGCGCUACAUUUGAACGACACAGUGGUUCCGCAGCCUCAUCUGCUCCACCUGGCGUCAGAGAGGCUGAGCAGAGACGGCGCUUUUCUCAUGGACUGUGGCAAUGUGUUUUACCUGUGGAUCGGCAAAUGCUGCAACGACAUGUUCAUACGAGACGUUCUGGGCUGCAACAACUACGCUUCAAUACCACCCAACAUGAGUCACAUUCCCGAGCUGGAGACUCCGCUGUCGGAGAGAGUGCGAGCUUUCCUCGACUGGCUGCAGGACAACAGAGCGUUCACCUCCACAAUCCACAUCGUCAAGGACGACACGUCGGCCAAAGCUAUUUUCUUCCAGCAGCUGGUGGAGGAUCGCUCAGAGUCGGCUUCAUCCUACCAAGAAUUCCUGCAGCACGUCCAGAGUCAAAUCUCCAAGUAGGCUCCAGUUGUAUACGAGCGAACCGCCAACCACUAAAAAAAACAAAAAAAAACA